GUCUUACCCGGCUACUUCCGCUGCUGUUUUCUAGCCGACUGCAGAAGGCUGGUUUGCGUCGACAUGGCGGUUACGCUGAGUGUCUUGCUGGGCGGGCGCGUUUGCGCUGCCGUCGCUCGCUGUGGGUUCGCGACCCGGGGGGUGGCGGGCCCAGGCCCUAUUGGCCGGGAGCCGGACCCCGAUUCCGACUGGGAGCCGGAGGAACGGGAGCUGCAGGAGGUGGAGAGCACCCUGAAACGACAGAAAAAAGCAAUCCAAUUCCAGAAAACUCGGAGGCAAAUGGAGGCGCCUGGUGCCCCGCCCAGGACCCUGACGUGGGAAGCCAUGGAGCAGAUCCGGUAUUUACGUGAGGAAUUUCCAGAGUCCUGGUCAGUUCCCAGGUUGGCUGAAGGCUUUGAUGUCAGCACUGAUGUGAUCCGAAGAGUUUUAAAAAGCAAGUUUGUACCCACAUUGGAGCGGAAGCUGAAGCAGGAUCAAAAAGUCCUUAAGAAAGCUGGACUUGCCCACUCGCUCCAGCAGCUCCGGGGCUCUGGAAAUACCUCAAAGUUGCUCCCUGCAGGCCACUCUGUAUCAGGCCCUUUGCUCAUGCCAGGGCAUGAAGCCUCAUCCAAAGACCCGAAUCACAGCACAGCUUUGAAAGUGAUAGAGUCAGACACUCACAGGACAAAUACACCAAGGAGAUGGCAGGGAAGAAAUAAAGAAAUCCAGGACCUGGAGGAGAGCUUUGUACCUGUUGCUGCACCCCUAGGUCAUCCAAGAGAGCUGCAGAAGUACUCCAGUGAUUCUGAGAGCACCAGAAGAACUGGCAGUUGUGCGUUGCCAAGUGAGCAGAAGCUGGAGGAGUUGAAGGCAGAGGAGCCAGGUAACUUCAGCAGCAAAGUAGUGCAGAGAGGCCGAGAGUUCUUUGACAGCAACGGGAACUUCCUGUACAGAAUUUGAGUCGGUGCUUGGCUUGUGGAGAUGCCUCGUGAAACACAGCUGGGCAAGUAUUAAUAUAUAUGGAACAGCCUGGAUUUCUGCUUAUGGAUAAACCACCUUGGAAUAGGAAGAAGUGUUGAGCCUGGACUGUGGGAGGAAAGAGCUGCAUGGAUAGAUUCAAGCUUCCUGUAGUAGUGCUCCCAGUCUGACCUCUGUUAGACCUUCAGUACUCACUCUUCUUGCUUGGGUUCUCUGUAUGUUGAAAACCAGCCCAUGUUGCAUGUGUUGUUACAAUUUUCUGUGAUACUUGCAAUUUAUGUUUGAGAGGAAGUGAAAAGUUCGGCUUCUGACCUCAUUUCCUUCUUGAUCAGUGAACGCUAACAUUUUGGGGGACAACUUAGUCCAUUGGUUUUCCUUACAACAAAAUAAAGUAAAAUGUAGCA